AUGGACGAGGAAUACGAUGUGAUCGUGCUGGGGACCGGCCUCACCGAGUGCAUCCUGUCUGGUAUCAUGUCUGUGAACGGGAAGAAGGUGCUGCACAUGGACCGGAACCCCUACUAUGGGGGCGAGAGCUCCUCCAUCACUCCCCUGGAAGAGUUAUAUAAGCGUUUUCAGCUGCUGGAGGGGCCCCCUGAGUCGAUGGGCCGGGGCCGAGACUGGAACGUUGACCUGAUCCCCAAAUUCCUCAUGGCCAAUGGGCAGCUGGUAAAGAUGCUCCUGUAUACGGAGGUGACUCGCUACCUGGACUUCAAGGUGGUGGAGGGCAGCUUUGUCUACAAAGGCGGCAAGAUCUACAAAGUGCCAUCCACUGAGACCGAGGCCUUGGCUUCCAAUCUGAUGGGCAUGUUUGAGAAACGGCGCUUCCGCAAGUUCCUGGUGUUUGUGGCAAACUUUGAUGAGAAUGACCCCAAGACCUUUGAGGGCGUCGAUCCCCAGACUACCAGCAUGCGUGACGUAUACCGGAAGUUUGACCUGGGCCAGGAUGUCAUUGAUUUCACUGGCCACGCGCUGGCACUCUACCGCACUGAUGACUACCUGGACCAGCCCUGUCUGGAGACCAUUAACCGUAUCAAGUUGUACAGUGAGUCCCUGGCCCGGUAUGGCAAGAGCCCAUACUUAUACCCACUCUACGGCCUGGGCGAGCUGCCCCAGGGCUUUGCAAGAUUGAGCGCCAUCUACGGGGGCACAUACAUGCUGAACAAACCUGUGGACGACAUCAUCAUGGAGAAUGGCAAGGUUGUGGGUGUGAAGUCUGAGGGAGAGGUGGCCCGCUGCAAGCAGCUGAUCUGUGAUCCCAGCUACAUCCCAGACCGCGUCCGGAAGGCUGGCCAGGUUAUCCGCAUCAUCUGUAUCCUCAGCCACCCCAUCAAGAACACCAACGAUGCCAAUUCCUGCCAAAUCAUCAUCCCCCAGAACCAGGUCAACAGGAAGUCAGACAUCUACGUGUGCAUGAUCUCCUACGCACACAACGUGGCUGCGCAGGGCAAGUACAUCGCCAUUGCCAGCACCACAGUGGAGACUGCGGAGCCGGAAAAGGAGGUUGAGCCAGCUCUGGAGCUGCUGGAGCCUAUUGACCAGAAGUUUGUGGCUAUCAGUGACUUGUACGAGCCCAUUGAUGAUGGUUCUGAGAGCCAGGUUUUCUGUUCCUGCUCCUACGAUGCCACCACACACUUUGAGACAACCUGCAAUGACAUCAAGGACAUCUACAAGCGCAUGGCUGGCUCAGCCUUUGACUUUGAGAACAUGAAGCGCAAACAGAACGACGUCUUUGGAGAAGCUGACCAGUGA